AUGCGUGGUCAGGGCUACGACGGCGCCAGCAACAUGUCUUCAGAUCGAGUGGGUGUCCAGGCCAGGAUUAGACAUAAAGCUUCUUUAGCCACCUACGUACACUGCAGUGGCCACUGCCUUACCCUUGUGAUAAGCAAGUCAUGUGCUCUUCCUGAAGUACGUAAUGUGAUCGAUUGCGUUAAAAAAUGCAGCCGUUUCUUUCUCAAUAGUCCAAAGAGAAGUGGUGUUCUAGAGAUGUUCUUCAACCACAAUGUGGUCAACGAAGAGAGGAGGAAAGCACUGAUCGAUCUGUGCAAGACGCGAUGGGCUGAGCGGCAUUCGGCUUAUCGGCACUUCUACCAAGGGUACGUAUUUGUGGUUGAAGCUCUAGAGAUGAUAGCUUUCCGCUAUCACUUGGAGAAAUAUGGGGCUACGUAUGCCGACUGGGACUAUGCAGGCCGCAAUGAAGCACAACAGAUUCUGGCCAGUGUUACUUCCUUUCAGUUUGUUGUUGUGUUUGUGACGAUAUAUCAGUACUUAUCACACCUUUCGGGCAUUACCGUGAAGCUGCAGAGCAAAGCUGUUGAUAUCGUGAAAGCGCAUAACAUGAUAUCUGAAAUUGUGAGGACCUACAACAGCGAGCGCGCAAACGUUGAAAGCAGCUUUUCUCAAAUCUACAAACAAGGCAGCAAUAUUCCAGCUGCUUCUGUUCAAGAGUAUUUGCAGAGAAAUGUUGCAAUUCCCUUUCUUGAUCAUAUUAUUAUUAACAUCAACCGGCAGUUCUCAAAGUCGGCAGUCACAGCCAUUUCCUUACUUGGUCUUGUACCAAGUAUCAUAUGUUCGCAAGAUGUCAACCUGGAGGAGGCGCUAAUCAAGUACAGAAAUGAUCUGCCAUCGCAUGAAUUGAUGGACGCGGAACUCGGGCGCUGGAGGAACAGGUAUAUGGCGAUGCUCCCUGAUAAGAGACCGUGCUCACCAGCAAAAGCCAUCAAAGAAUGUGACGCCACUGACUUCCCAAACAUCUCGGUUCUUUUGACCAUCACCUGUACCAUGCCUGUCACCUCGUGUAAACGUGAGAGAAGCGCCAGUGCUUUACGACGCCUAAACAACUAUAUGCGCGCAUCCAUGGAUAAGGACAGAUUGUCUCACCUUGCACUCCUUCAUAUCCACUACGAUGUACCAAUAGAUCUUGACAACGUAGUCGAUUAUUAUGCUCGCCUUCACCCUCGCAGACUCGAACUUGACUCGGUACUGUUACACUAA